UGCGGGCUAAAAAAAAUGAGAUUUUUAGCCGUUUUCGCGUGUUUUCUUUGUUGCUGUUGCUCUGCAGGAGGAAACGAGCCAAUUCAAACAUUUGUGAUUCCUCACAGUCACAUGGAUGUUGGCUGGGUUUACACUAUUCAGGAGAGUAUGCACGCCUAUGCGGCCAAUGUGUACACCAGUGUGACGGAGGAGCUGUCGAAGUCUGGAGACCGCAGAUUCAUCGCUGUGGAGCAGGAGUUCUUCAGACUGUGGUGGGACAACGUGGCCACUGACUCCCAUAAGAAACAAGUACGACAGCUUGUAAAAGAGGGUCGACUUGAGUUCAUCCUCGGGGGCCAAGUGAUGCACGAUGAGGCUGUAACUGAUCUGGACGACGAGAUUCUACAAAUGACAGAGGGACAUGGUUUCCUCUACGAGACGUUCGGGGUGCGCCCUCAGUUUUCCUGGCACGUGGAUCCGUUUGGAGCGUCUGCGACCACACCGGUCCUCUUUGCCCUGGCCGGCUUCAACGCCCACCUCAUCUCUCGCAUUGAUUACGACCUCAAAGACACCAUGCAGAAAAACAAGAAACUGCAGUUUGUAUGGAGAGGUUCUCCCUCUCUAAAAGAAAAGCAGCAGAUCUUCACUCACACUAUGGACCAGUUUAGCUACUGCACCCCAUCAUACCUGCCUUUCUCCAACAGCUCUGGUUUCUAUUGGAAUGGCGUUGCCUUGUUCCCCGAUCCCCCUAAAGACGGCGUUUACCCCAACAUGAGCCUGCCCGUCACCAAGGAGACGGUAAAGGCCUACGCCAAGACGAUGGUGAAGAACAUCAAGCAUAGGGCUGCGUGGUUCAGGACGAACCACGUGCUCUGGCCAUGGGGUUGUGACAAACAGUUCUACAACUCAUCUGUCCAGUUCAACAACAUGGACCCUCUGAUGAAGUACAUCAACCAGAACAGCAAAGAGUUUGGGGUGACAGUCCAGUACGCCACUCUUAGUGAGUACUUCAAAGCGAUCCACCAAUCAGAUCUGGUCUGGGAUCUUCGUGGAAGUGAAGAUUUUCUACCAUACUCCACUGAGCCGCACCAGGCGUGGACGGGGUUUUACGCCUCCAGAAAUGUUCUGAAAGGAGUGGCUCAACGUGCGAGCUCUCAGCUGCAUGCAGCGGAGACGCUCUUCACCCGCUACCGAAUCAGCUUCCCCGACGGACCUGUAGCUAAAGACUGGGCCCUGGACAAACUGAGGGCGCUGCGCUGGGCUGUCUCAGAGGUGCAGCAUCAUGACGGCAUCACCGGCACCGAGUCUCCCAAAGUGGCGGACAUGUACCUGCAGCAUCUCAGGCAGGCCAUGAUGGGCGUGGAGGAGCUGCUGGCUGCACUCUUCCUGCUGCCCCACAGGCUCGAAAUACCCAGCAUCCUCGGCAGCCGCUACCACAGAAAAGGUUUUCAUGAGGCUUUGGAGCAGCACGUCAUCGUUUACAACCCGUUAGCCUGGAACAUCACCACCAUCAUCAACGUCACCGUAACCUUCCCCACUGCAGCCGUAUUUGAUGACGACGGACAGCCCGUCCCUGCUCAGGUAGCUCACAGUUCCAGUGUGACCUACGACCUCUUCGUCGUGGUUAAACUCGGAGGCCUCCAGCACAGGAAAUACCUGAUUAAGUUCUCUGGGAAGAAAUGCUCCGCGAGGUCCAAGUGUGGCUGGACUUACGAAGCUAAAGGGGUUUCGUUUGAGAGACGUUACACCCGGGACUCACUGAAAGCAGGGAGGAGGCUGCUGCCAGUUCUGAGUCAAUGUUACAAGCUGAUGUUUGACCAGGAUACAAAUCUACUGCACAGCAUCACGUAUCUUCAAGAAAAACGGAGAGUGAGGAUGACUCAAGAUUUCUGGGAAUACCACGCAAACGGAGACUUAAAAGCCGGGCCCAUCUCUGAUAACUACAUCUUCAGCGCUAACGGUUCGGCUGUGCGGGCGUACGCGGCUGUGGAGAUGGAGAUUCUCCCCGGGAAGAUUGUGACUGAGAUCAGGCAGCGCUUCUACAGAGAGGAAAGUGAUAAAGACUUCACUUACUCCAUCACCACCCGAGUCCCAGAAUGCUUCGGGAGCAGACCGCGGUGUCGGAGGCUGGAGCAGACGUACUCGCUGGGCCCCCUCCAUCUGAACACAGAGGUCGUCCUCAGAACCAGCUCCUCGAUGAAGAACAACAGGACCCUGUACACGGACGACAAUGGCUAUCAGAUGAUGAAGAGGACGUACAAGAAUUUCACUGAUAACACUUUAGCGAGAAACUACUACCCCAUGGUUCGUGCAGCCUACAUUGAGGACGACCUCAGCAGGCUGGUGCUGGUCGGCGACAGAGCUCACGGUGUUUCCAGCCAAGCCAACGGACAACUAGAGGUCAUGCUCCAUCGUCGUCUCUGGAACAACUUUGCCUGGGACCUCGGCUACAACCUGACCCUCAACGACAGCUCGGUCGUACGGCCCACCCUGUGGAUGAUGCUGGGCUCCGUCAGGGACACCUCCGGGCUCUACCAGAGGGAGGCGAUAGAGCUGCAGCACAGACCUGUCGUCAUGCCAAUAGACCAGCCUCAGCGGCCCUGGCAGGAGAAGGAACCCAGAGUGAGUUCUCCGGUGCGUUCGGUGGUCCUGCCGCCAAACCUCCACCUGCUCAGCCUCAGCGUCCCCGGAUGGAACUACAGCUCCGAUCACGAUGUUCACGUCAGCCACAUAAACUCAGGUAAAGAUUUGCACUCGGAGCCCGACUACGACCGAGUUUUGUUGAGAAUCAUGCAUCUGUUCGAGGAGGGAGAAGACCCGGAGCUUUCGAAACCGGUCACCAUAAACAUGAAGGAAGUUCUGCAGGGCUUAGGGGAAGUAAAAGUGCUGGAGGAGCGUUCUCUCACAGGAACCUGGAGUAUCCACAGUCUGCAGAGGUGGAAGUGGAAGACCGCAGAUAACUUCGAAACGAGCAGCAGAAAACGUUGUGAAGACGAAGCGUUCACUGUGACCGUCUCACCCAAAGAGAUCAGGACCUUCUUCGUCCACUUCGCCUCCGCGAACUUUUAGCUCGUCUUCUGUGAAGAAAAACAGUCUUUAAAAUAUGACGUGAUGCUUUUAAACAUUUGAUGCUUUGCUUCUCUGUCGAUGAAUGCUCUGUUUGCACUUUAUGUUCAUUUGUUGAGAAACACUGAUGUGUUGAUUGGAUGUUCUUACUCUGAGUCCAUGUUGACUGAAUAAAGUGAUUAUUUUUGUCAUU